GUCUUAGUGUCGUGGUGUGGUGGUCGUUUGUACUCUGUUAUGGUGUGUAGGAAUGUUGAGUUUUUUUGUUUGUUCAUGAAUUGUGAAGCUUGUUGUCCGUUAUGUUAGAUUUUCCGAACGUGCCCUGAUAUGUCGGGCGAUCCAGAGUGAGGAUUCUAGCGUAAAUGGAGCUUAUUUCACGAGAAUGGCUUAUUUCUUCGGUUUGGUUCACAGAGGUAUAGAGGUUUUCAAUGCACACUCUGUUCUUGGUGCAAGUUGAGUAGUCAUCCUGGUUUUGUAUCCCUUUGGGUGCGGAGGGAAAUAGGCGAUUAGUUGAUACUUACAACGAGAGGUUAGAGAAGCAGGAUGGAUCAAGUCUCAUUCUGCGCUAGUCAAUUAUCUGGCAUCACAUCUCCAAAGCUCGGCAUGCUCGCACCAGGGGAGGGUGUAAGGGUCUGGGCUCUAGGCCUGCUCGCCACUUUAAAGGUUUUGGGAAACGACGCUGGUGGAUUCUACUCCUUCUCUGAGGUUGUAGUGUAUCCCGGCCAAGAAGCAUUAAGCCAUGUGCACGCCCUGAAGGAUGAAAUGUGGUACAUGCUGGAAGGAGAGCUCAUCUGGAAUCUCGGUGGCCGUGAAUCCCUCGGCCGUCAGGGCUCGUUCAUACAUCUUCCCAGGUUUGUUCCGCACUCGUUCAUGAAUAGAGGACUUGCACCUGCGAGGAUGGUUCUCGUGCAUGUCCCUGGGGGUUUCGAGCAGUGGUACCUUGAAGUUGGAAUAACAGUCCAUGACUCUUCACAAUUGCCUCCCAAUGUCACCAGCGAUGAACUCAUGGAAACCCUGCAAAGAUGCAAGGGAUAUGGCGUCAAGUGCCUCCACUUGGGAGACGAUUAGGAGUUUCGAGGCAUAGGUUUGCAGCAGGAAGAAUUGAGUUCUGUUUGGAUUUUUUUUUUUCCUUCUCCCGUGUAUAAUAUUUUUUGUUACCUUCUGUUCUCAUUUAAGAAUCUUCCCUAAAGUAGCUAUAGCCGCCGGGUUGCACGGGAAAGUGAAGAGAUUCCUGCAGUGGAGUUCGAUCAACGUCUUCCUACGAAUUGUCAAUUUACACGGUAGAGUUUAGUCAUGAACAUGGUUGAUCAACGCCGACAUGUAACCAUACAAGACAAUUGCACUACAGAGUUGUUGAGUGCUUUUUCAGUAAAAAGUUGAGACAUGCAUCUAUUGCCACAUGCAACUUUUUUGCCGAUUUCAGGCCAAGCAAUUGUGCAUGACCCUCUGCAAUCA